AUAUACCUCCAGUCUGCUCCUGCCAUUCAGUUCCGUUCAGUCCGUCCAGGUCGACUGGUCUAAAAUUAAUAAACAUAAUUUCACUUUCCAGAAGCUCAAAGAAGCUACCGAAAAGAUGACGAAUUACAAGCUGAUCUAUUUCGACCUUACUGGCCUUGGAGAGCCCAUUAGAUUCAUGCUGAGCUACGGAGGAGUCAAGUUCGAGGAUAAACGAAUCAAUUCCGAAGAAUGGAAGGAGCUGAAGCCUCAAAUUCCCAUGGGCCAACUACCAGUUCUGGAGAUCGAUGGGAAGAAGUAUUAUCAGUCGAAGGCCAUCGGCCGGUUUCUGGCCAAGAAAUUCGAUCUUUAUGGGUCCGACGAAUUCGAAGCCAUGGAGAUCGACGCCGUCGUUGACACCAUUGACGACCUCAGGCAAGCCUUAGUUUCCUACACCUUCGAGGAGGAUCCUGACGUUAAAGCCAAGCUCAAGGAGAAGAACUCUCCGAAGGUCCCGUUAUUCCUGGAGAAGCUGGAGUCCUUGGUAGAGAGAAAUGGAGGAUAUUUCGUUGGAGGAAAGCUAUCGUGGCCGGACAUCGUAUUCGCGGCUCACUCAAAAUUUGCCUCACACAUGUUGGAGGGGGAUGUGUCGAAGGAUCAUCCCGAACUGAAGAAAUUGACCGAUAAGGUCCUGGCUAUUCCAAAUAUCAAAAAGUACGUCGACGGCCGACCGGACACACGAGUCUAAAAUAGAAGAUCGAAAAGUUUAAUGGAAUUCUGCUUCACCAUCUAGAAGAUCUCGAGAUAUAAUAGAGAGGGUGAGGAGGGAAAAAAUAUGGUUCCCGGCCUCGCAAUAAAUGUCAAUUAUUUCUACCAUUA